AUGGAUUCCUCCGGGUCAAAUUUGUGUCCUGGCGCAAAGCUUUUGGGCUACUGGCAGGAAGAUGAUUCUUGGUAUCCUUGUAAUUUGGUGAAGUGUCGACAGAACCAGUUGCAGGUUCAGUGGGAAGAUGCCACGAUUUCCAUUUUGUCCAAAGAUGAGGUUCGAAGAUUUGGGAAUCGCAAGAAACUUCUCGAAGACUCCCAGGUUUCAGCGGCCAAGCGACGUCGGUCGGCAACUGCUGACACGUCCUCGAUGCCACGAUCGUUGACCUUGCCCAGACGUCAGCUACCUCCACAUCGAUAUGUCCUGGCUCCGAUGGUUGGCGGUUCGGAACUGCCCUUCAGGAUGAUGACCAGACGAUAUGGAACCCAGUUGUGCUACACGCCGAUGAUCUACUCAGGUCCAUUUUCCAGAGACAAAGCCUAUAGAGACGCUGCAGAGAAUGGCUUUCAGACGUGUCAGGAGGAUCGACCACUGGUGGUUCACUUUUGUGGAAACGAUCCAGAGGUCCUGUUGACGGCUGCCAAACAUGUGGAGCAUCAGGUGGAUGCAGUGGAUUUAAAUUUGGGAUGCCCACAGCGGGUAGCACAUGCUGAACACUUUGGUGCUUACCUUCUGGAGGAGAAGGAUAGACCACUGCUGUGCAGCAUCGUGAAGCGGCUCUCGGAUGGGCUCUCGGUGCCUGUCUUCUGCAAGAUUCGUUUGCUGGACGACAUCGAGGCCACGCUGAAGUUGGUGAAGCAGUUGGCUGCCUCCGGCGCCAGCCUCAUCGCCGUCCAUGCACGCUACCGGGGCACGCCCACGCAUCGCCGGGAUGGCCCGGCACAUUUGGAUCAAGUGGCGAUCAUCAAAAAGGCCGUGGAUGUCCCGGUGCUGGCCAAUGGCAACAUCAAGAGUUGGGAGGAUGUCCAGGCAAAUUUGCAGCUCACUGGGGCAGAUGGAGUCAUGUCUGCCGAAGGCAUGUUGGAUGAUCCAUGUCUCUACGCAUCCACCGGAUCCAGUGGGUCCUCCAGGGACCGAAAAAUUUCGCUUCGGAAGGUGGAAAAGAAGAUCCGACAGCUGCAGAAUCUUCUGGAGAAGAAGAAGAAUGGUGCCAAGUUGACUCCAGAAGAAGAGGAAAAGGUGAAGAAACGAAAGGACCUGAAGCGAGAACGUAAGGAGCUUUUGAAUCGUUACAAUGAGACAGAGAAAAAAGGAUUGCCUGAAGAGUUAGAAGUCCCCAAGGAUGGCCUGACCAAAGCUCGUCAGUAUUUGUCCAUCGUGAAGGACUAUCCACCGUCACCACCUUUGUCCACCUUGAUUUUCCACUGUCGCCGCAUGGCCAAAACGGAGCUCACUGCCUUUCAGCUCUUGGAGGAUUUCAAAGCCGCAACGUCCUUGGAUGAGGUGCACCGUUUGUUGAGUAAAGCUGAAGGAUUUCGUGACGCACCUGGAAGUUUCCAAGCGAGUAAGGAGAAGGAACACCAGGAUAGAGAGCUCAGGAAACAACAGGCCUAUGAGUUGGAAUGUCGGAGGAAAUAUGAGCAGAGAAUGGCUCGCAAGGCUGCUCGUUUGGGGGUGCCUUUGGCAGAGGUCAUGAAAGGAUCCGCGGUGCCGGGAGGAUCGAUGCAUUUCAAUAGUGAACCCAGCUGGUUGACAGAGAAGGGUGACAUGACUGACCCAGUGGACAGCAAGAAAGCUGGGAAAAUAAGCGUGGAACAGGGUUUGCAGUUGGGCUUCCCAGGUAUGCGGAGCACGACGCCCGUUGUCCGCCCUUACGGACAGUUCAAGGACCGCUUGGUGGCUGAGAAAGUCUGGAACCAAAAGACUGAGCUGAGCUGCCCUGUGGAGUGGUAUGAAGCAGUGCGGGAAGCGAGGGACGAGGAAGUUCAAGAGGCCCUCACAGCAGACGGUGAGGGCUUUCCAGCGCAGGAUUUCACCAGCGAGGCAUACGCUGAGGCUCCACAUGGGGAAGAGGAGAUGGCAGCUCCCAUGGCAGCGCCUGAGGAAUCUGCUGAGCCCUUCACCGACACGGGGCUGGGUCCGGAAACUGCUGAUGCACCAAGAGACGCCGACGCGCCCAGUGCUGCUGACACGCCGCAUGCCACUGAUGCACCCAGUGCUGCUGACGCACCCAGAGCCGCUGACGUGCCGAGUGCCGGCGAUCCGCCGAGUGCAAGUGCUGGCGAUGCGCCGAGCAAUGUAACCGCUGCCAUUGCGGAGGAGAACCAGCCGGAGACAACUGGGGUCACAAAGGAUCCGGGCGCCGUAACCACUGUAACUGGAGAUGCGGCAACCGAAGCAGUGGACCAUGGAGCUGACUGGGGCGAUGUCACUGCUGAUACCUCAGUCGAGGCACAGGGCGAGGCGAUUCCAGCCGCAGUUUCAGCGAAGGUCUGA